AUGGAUCCUACAUAUGUCUCCAACCUGGAGACCCUUCUGGGCCAAACCAUGGCACCAGACACCCAAUUGAUCGCUACUGCGACUAAGACGCUCAAGGAUAAUGUCUAUUCUCGGCCGCAGUCUUUGCCGGCUCUUAUCCAUAUUCUCCAGCAAAAUGCCAAUGUGCAGAUUAAGCAGUUGGCUGCUGUUGAGGCACGUAAGCUCGCUCCUAUUUUCUGGGGUGACCUUCCUGAGGAUUUGAAGGCCCAGGUGCGCCAGUCGCUCUUGCAGAGCACCUUGGCAGAGCAGAGUGCGCUGGUCCGUCAUGCUUCUGCCCGUGUUAUCUCGAGCAUUGCCAAGACCGAUAUGCCUGCUGGUGCCUGGAACGACCUUCCUGCUUUCCUUAGCCAGGCUGCUACCAGCCAGAAGGCUUCGGACCGUGAGGUCGGUGUUUACAUUCUUUACACUCUCUUUGAGACUAUUGAGAGUAUCUUCACUGAGCGUAUGGGUGAUCUUUUCGCCUUGUUCGGCCGUACCAUCCAAGAUCCCGAGUCGCUCGAGGUUAGGUCCACUACUUUGCUCGCUAUGGGCAAGGUCAGUGAGAUCUUGGACGGCGAGGAUAAGCACUCUGUCAAGAUGUUCCGAGAGAUUCUUCCCUCCAUGGUCAACGUCUUGCAGGAAGUCAUUCAGGCCGGUGACGAGGCCGCGGCCCGUAACGCCUUCGAGGUGUUCAACACCCUCCUUAUCCUUGACCCUCAGUUGAUCGCCAAGCACGUCGCUGACCUCGUCAACUUCAUGGUCCAGCUCGCUCAAUCCAAGGAGAUCGACGAGACCUUCCGAUGCAUGGCUUUGUCCUUUAUCAUGACUUGCGUCCGCUUCAAGCGUUCCAAGCUACAGAAGCUCAACCUCGGUCCCGCGCUUACUCUUGCGCUCUUGCAGAUCUGCACGGAGGAGGAUUCUCCCACUCCCGAGGAUGACUGUCCGUCUCGCUUGGCUUUCCGCACCAUCGACCAGUUGGCUACCUCCCUUCCCCCGUCAGCCGUCAUGGCACCAUUGAUGAACGCUAUCCCUCAAUACUUCAACAACGCCGACCCAGGACACCGCAAGGCUGCCUUGACUGCUGUUGCUGUCGCUGUUGAGGGUUCCGUUGACUUCGUAUCCAAUCAGCUUGACGUUAUUCUGCCUUUGGUUAAGCAGGGUCUUGCCGACUCCGAGAACGUCGUUCGUCGUGCGGGUUUGCUUCUUCUUGGUCAGUUGGCCGAGGAGUUGCCUGACAUUAUCUCCGCUCAGCACUCUGACUUCAUUCCAUUGGUCUUUGCCAUCAUGGCGACCUCUGGUGAGGAUGUUGCUACAUCUGCUUGUAACGCUCUUGAUGCCUUGCUCGAGGGUUUGAAGAAGGAUGACAUCGUCGGUUACUUACCUCGCUUGAUGGAGCGUCUUUGCGCUGUUUUGCAGUCUGGUGCCGCUACCAGCGUCAAGCUUACCGUUGCUGCUGCCAUUGGCUCUGCUGCUCACGCCGCCGAGGAUGAGUUCGUUCCUUACUUCGAGAUGACCAUGAAGUCCCUCGAGCCUUACCUCGGCCUGAAGUCCGAGGACAGCGAGGAGAUGGACCUCCGUGGUGUUGUUACUGACACCAUCGGUUCCGUCGCUGGUGCUGUUGGUAAAGAGCGCUUCGGCCCAUUCGCUGAUAUUGUCGUUAAGCUUGCCCACGAGGGUAUGAACAUCGGUAACCCCCGUGUUCGCGAGUGCUCUUUCUGCUUCUUCGCGAUCAUGGCCCGUGUCUACGGUGCUGACUUUGCUCCUUUCUUGGAGUACAUCGUUCCUGACCUCAUCAAGUCCUGUGAGCAGGAGGAGCACGAGGACUUGGUCGGUGAGGACGGUACUAUCAACCUCGGUGGUGAGGAUGACGAUGACGAGGAUGGUCUUGGUAACCUCGGUGUCAACUCUGCUAUCGCCAUGGAGAAGGAGAUUGCUGGUGACGCUAUGGGCGAGAUCUUCGCUCACACCAAGCACGCCUUCAUGCCUUACUUCGAGAAGUGUACUGAGGCUCUUAUGGGUCUUACCACUCACUUCUACGAGGGUGUCCGUAAGGCUGCCUUCGGUUCCUUGUGGCGCUUCGUCUCUACUUUGAACGUCAUGAUGUCCCAGGGUCAGCCUGAGUGGACUCCUGGAAUCGCCGCUGCCAACUCGAUGCACCCCGACGUCGCCAAGAUUGCCACCAUGGUCCGUAACCUCACUCUCCAGGAGUGGGAGGACGAAGAUGAAAAGAUGGUCGUCACUGAGAUUUGCCGCAACAUUGCGGACUGUGUCCGUACUGCUGGCCCUGGCGUUUUGGGCAAUGAUCUUGAGAGAAUCGCUACCGCUACUCUUAAGAUUCUCAACAAGCAGCAUACCUGUCAGAUCGACAAUGACUACGAAGAUGGUGUUCUCGACAAUGAUGAAGAUGGACCGCUCGGUGAUGACGAGGACACUGCUGAGUACGACCAGCUUUUGGUUGACUCUGCUUUCGACAUCGUCAUUGCUCUCUCCUACGCCCUCGGAGAGGAGUUCCAAAGUGCGUUCGGUACCUUCUUGCCGUCUAUGCUCAAGUACUACGACGCCAAGCGCUCUAACGCUGAGCGUGCUAUGACCGUCGCUGGUGUCGGAGAGUGUGCUGGUGGGUUGAAGGCCGGUAUCACGCCCUACACUGCCCCGAUGUUCAAGCUCUUCAACGCUGGACUCGAGGACCCCGAUGCUGAGGUCAGGUCCAACUCGGCUUACGCUGUUGGUUUGUUGGUCUACAGCUCCAACGAGGAUUUGUCCAGCCAGUACAUGAGCGUCUUGAAGAAGUUGCAGCCUUUCUUCGAGGGUGAGAACCACCGUAAUGGCAAGGACAACGCUAUCGGCUGUGUUGCUCGCAUGAUCAUGAAGAAUGCUGCUGCUGUUCCUCUCCCUCAGGUCCUUCCUCAUUUGGUGGCAAACUUGCCAUUGGAGAAUGACUUCCAGGAGAACACUCCCGUCUACAACAUGAUCAUUCAGCUCUACCGCACCAACGACGCGAUCGUCAUGGGAUUGACCGGGCAGUUGCUCCCUGUCCUUGCGUCGGUGUUGGCGAAGGCUGAUGAACAGUUGAAGCCGAAGGUUAAGGAGGAGUUGGUUGAGUUGGUUAGGGCUUUGAACGGGCAGUACGCUGCUCAGAUUUCUCAGCACCCUGCUUUGGUUGCUGUGCUUGCUUAGAUUUGUUCAGCAUGGGUUCUUCUUGUGGAUCAUCGGUUUUACAUUGGCGUUUAAAAGGGAUUUUGCAUAGUUCUGGCAUCGUAUACCUCAUCUAAUACAGAGAGCGCGACUCCUAUAAUUUACCUGUUCAUAUUAUUAUCCAUCAUCCCAGUCCCUAAUCGUCGUCUGUCGUAUCGUACACCGCUCAC